UGGCGGGGGCCCUGUGGCUGUGGCCACACCUGGCCCGGCCCGGCCGGCUCUGCCGGAUUCCCGGCUUUCCCCGAGGCUUGUUUUUCAGCCCUGCCGUUCCCUGGAGCCAAAUGGCUCCUGCCUGCCUGCUCGGGGUCUGCAGCCUCCUCUGCGCCUGGGCCACGGCGGCGGGACACCCCUGCAACCUCGACCACCAGGGAUGGGCUGACUGCCACGGGAAGAGCCUCCAGAAUGCUCCAAGUUCCCUUCCAAAUAACAUCACCAGUUUGGACCUCUCCUUCAACUCCUUGGUCAUGCCCCAUCACAGGACUCUCUUGAUGCAUUUCCCUUCUCUGCACACCCUCAACCUCUCUAGCAAUGCCCUUCUGGUGCUGAGCCCAGCAGCCUUCUCCAACCUCGGAGCACUGCGUCUGCUGGACCUGAGCAGCUGCAGCAUCACCUACCUCCACGUGGACGCUUUCAAGGGCCUGGGAAACUUGGGCACACUGCUCCUAACAAACAACAGCCUGCAAGAGCUUGAGGCCUCUUUGUUCCUGCCACUGAAGGCGCUUUUCCACCUGGACCUGCAGCAGAAUGCGCUGGUCUCUGUGGACACGUGGAGCCUGCAGCUGAUGGAUGCAGUCCUGCAGGUCCAGCUGGAAGGGAACCCCUGGCUCUGCGACUGCAGCGCACACCCUCUGCAGCAGUGGCUGCAGCGCAGGCAAGCUGUGCAGGUGACCUGUGCAUCACCCCCGUGGCUGCGGGGCCGGGAGGUUGCAGCACUGGAUUCCCAGGAUCUGGGCUGCUGGGUGAAGCAGCGGUUUCCUCGGGAGGUCAGCACGGUGCAGCAGAUCACAGUCACCUACAGCAACACCACUGCACCACCCACCGGCAAAGGGGGAAGGAGCUGGCCGUACCUGGUGGGCUUCCUGGUGGCAGCAAUUGGCAUCUCCAUCUUGAUCGCGCUGGCUGCCAAGUGCAAGGUCUUCCACAAGAACUUCACCAGCUACCACCACCGGCCAUUGCCCGAAACCAGCUCGAUCGGAGGCAGCCCCAUGGAGGACAGCAGCAGCUGGGACAGGGGCUCCUCAGGCCAGGGGACCUGCGAGAGCCACCCCAUGCCUGGUGCUGCUGACCUGCAAGGUGAGGAUGAUGAUGGCUUCAUCGAGGACAACUAUAUCCAGCCAAGCGAGCAGGUGCCAGAGGAUGAGGAGCAGCAGUUGCACCUCUCCAUCUGAGCCUGUGCUCCAGCAGCCUCUUGCUGUUCCCUCACCUCCAUCCCCAUCCUGCCCUUUCCCACCUUCCCUCGGCAUUUAGCCCCACAGGGCUGGGGGCAGGAGGAAAGGAGUGGAGAAGAGGGGAGAGAAAGGAUGGGCUGGGAAUGAUGAUGGAGGCUGAAGGCAGCCAGCCCCAGCAUGAUGCCAGUGGGGAUGCAAGAGCACAGGGACACCGGACCUGCUCCUGCUCUCCCAGCCUUGCUUGGGUGCUGCUGCUGAAGAACGUGGUGCCUGUUGCACCCAGGCAGUUUGGUGGAGUGGGAAGAGAAGCCUGCCCUGAUGCUUUCUGCAGGGUCUCAGGCAUCAGCCCCACUGCCCCAUAUUGCCAGACACAGCCCUGCUCUGUCCUUCAAUGUGUUGUCACUCCAGGGUGUGAUUAAAAGGGUAAUUAAAGCCUCUGUCUGUGAUGGUUUGUUGGAGCUCUCCUGGUGACAGUGCCAGGAGGAGACCUGUCAGCCCGCAGCUGGGGUGCGGAUUCUUCUGCAUGUGCUUUCAAGGACCGCAAAUGCAUUCCAUGUUAACUGUGGUGGUGAAAAUACAGGUCUGUGGCACGAGUGCGCUUGUGCAAGCGUAUCUGUCACCCACUGUGGCACAGGCAGAUCUGCUGCUUCAUCGCAGGAUUUCUGUGCACAUCUUUACAGUGCUGCUUCCCACCCCUCUUGCUGCUUUACAGUGCACCCUUUCCCUCUUUUCUCUCAUCCCUCUCCACCAAGACGUGCUACGAAAGCACUUACCUUUUCCAUGCCAGCUCUGCAGAGAUGAGCAAACUUGUUAGCAGCUUGUGGCGUCAGGCAGGCACGUGCACUGGGGCGAGACAGCCCUGUCCCCUGGCACCCAUUGCAGCAUCCCAUCUGUAUCUUUAAGCAUGGAUUUAGAUGAACAUUAUAAUUUUUGCAUUCCUGUCAUGUUUGUGGCACUAUAAACAGCACAUGAGACAUCGGUAACUGUGAGUUAUGACCCAGCCAGUCGUGUCUGUGUGGAUCACACGAGUUAAAAGCAGGAAGCAGCAGCAGCGUUCACGCUCCUUAGUAAAGUGAUUCACAAGCUGGUACCAUCUGGCUGGGCAGAAUUCCCAGAGCACAACCUGGUUGUUCCCAUCCCCAAUAGCCUGGAAAUCUCUCUUAUCUUGCUCCAGAGCAUGAAACAUCAUCACAGGGAUAGCAUUUCCUGAAGCCCUGCCACACGGCUAAUUCCCCAUCUCCUUCAAACCUCCGUUGCACUGUAAACUGCCUUUCUAUUUCUGUGGUCAUGAAGACAUUUACAGAGCACAGUGUGUACAAAAGUAAAUAAUACAUGUCAGAGAAUGUAAACCAAAGGGAACGACUGGGUUGGGCGUUGCAUGAGCAACACAGGCCAGUGACUUAGAGCACCUUCCAGAGAGGGAAUGUGCCAUUAUAGCCACAAGGAGGAAAACCUGCUGGCUUGUUUCAGCGGUCAUCCAGUUUUGGUUGUUAAAUAAUGUAUUUCUAAUGUGAGAUUUACUUUUGCAAUCACUGCCUCAUGUUUUGCCUUCUGGGUUCAUCUUAACAGCUCCAUCUGAAUUACAGCACACACUGUAUAUAUAUGUAAUAUAUGCUGUAAUUUUUUGAAAUCGUGGAUAGCUUUCAGGUAAAAUAGGAUACUUAAAUCUGAGGACUGGGAAAAUGCAUUUCAGCUCUCUUUUGGAGGGCAAUUUCUGGGCUUUUCAACAUGCUUUUCAAUCACAUGAACUCACUCUAGAUUCAGUAUUUUAUUUAGGUCUCAGUGAUGUCUUAAAAGAGAUUAAAAUACAAGUG